CGAAACAUCCCUGACUGGCGCCUUGUUUCCUCCACUGGGACUGACUGCCUGCCCACUGCCUGCCCUGGGCUGCCUAGUCUAGCCCAGCCCAAAGCUUGACAUCAGCAAAUUCACUAUCAUCUUUUUUCCCCGGUUCGCGUUUCUUCUCGUUCCGGUCGCGCACGAAUCGCGGAACUCACAGACAUCAUGGGCAAGCGCAAGUCCUCAAGUAAGCCCAUGGGGCCCAAGAAGGUCCGUCUUCCAAGCCGAUCCCUUGUCGUUUCAUUUUCGUAUUCUCUCUCUGUCUUAGGGGGGCCCUGGGGCUUUUGCGCUCACACUAAUCCAGAAAGAUCCCCUUCCUACCCACUUUCGCAUGCCUCUUCUGUAACCACGAAAACUCGGUUUCGGUCAAGCUCGAUAAGAAGGCUGGUGUCGGACAACUCGACUGCCGUGUCUGCGGGCAAAAGUUCCAAUGCGCGGUCAACUAUCUGUCUGCGGCGGUCGACGUUUACGGUGAAUGGGUUGACGCAGCAGACGCCGUCGCCAAGGAGGAUAACGCAGCAGAGCCUGGCUACACUGGCACAUCUCGAGCAGGAGCUGGACGAGGUAACCGAACGGCGGUCGAUGAAGACGACGACGAGCACUACGGAGAGGAUGACUAUUAAUCGUUUCUUUUAUGCGCUUUGUAUCAAUACCAAGACUUGUUACACCCAUGACUCGACGACCCCUUUCUAUGCGCCUACGACUCGGGAUAUAUAAACUUUGCGAUGAUUCCUUCCUCAGAUGGUGUAAAAUCUGUCUCCAAAGUCUCCCAGGCCGGGAACGAUAUAACUGUUGAUUGGUCAGCACAUCAUGUGUCAUCGGAGUUGAGCAUCCAUACUUCUUCUCGUCGAGGCCCUAGAAAUGCCCGGUUAGCCAAUACGUUGCGACAGUACAUGCAGGCGGUGUGACAAACCUCAUCGAUGAAAGCUGUCACGACCCUUAAGCGGGGGAACUUGGCAGAGAAGUUCUUGACACCCUCGGGGCUUGCAAUCAAGUUGAGGAACAGGAUAUGCUCCUCAGGGACGCCCCUGGCCUUGAGAACUUGAACCGCCAUGGUAGCAGAGCCACCUGUAUAUCUGCGUUAAACGGAUUGCGACACGAAAGACAUGUGAAAUGGGAUAUCGUCGUACCAGUAGCAAACAUAGGAUCCAAAAGAAGCACCCAUCGGUCAGCAAUAUCCUCGGGCAGCUUAUCGUAGAACAGCUUGGGCUGGGCCGUCUCCUCAUCACGCUGGAUCAAGAUCUUUCCAAUACGAACAGAGCGGCAGCAGUCACGGAGACCCUGCUCCAUAGCCUCACCAGCUCUCAUGAUGGACACUCCGCAGAUCUUGCCCUGGAACAUGAGACCAUUGUAGUUUCGGCCAAUGGGUGUAGUGACAGUGUGCUCAAUGACAGGCAAGUGGUUGAGACCCUCCUCAACUAGCAAUCGAAUGAUUCGGUUGGAGUAGAAGAUGAAGUCUGCUCUCUCGGUCUCCUUGCUACGAAUUUUCCUGGACAAUUCUCAGCUCCGAGGCUUGGGAGGCCCAAUUAGGGAAGUGGACAUACGACAGUAGGGCAAUGAGCUGAGGGGUCUGCGACAGAACAUGGACAUUGUCUAGCUUGACGUCGACAGAGACGGUGGCACUGGGCUUCUGCUGGUGAGUGCGGUAUGAGGGACCGACGGGUGUCGUGUGAGUAUCUUGAGUCUUGUCCGCCAUGUUAGCUGUUGUUAGUGUUUGAGUUGUUGUAAGAAGUCGGCGGUGGUGAUGGCGGGGUUGAAGUAAAGCUCAGAUAUUUCCAAGUGGGCGAGCGGAGUACAAUCGUUGGUAUAACCUAGAAAGAGGUUGAAGAGUAAAAUAAAAGAGGUUUGGGUAUAAGAUUGAACGAAUUGAAAGGCGGAGAGAAGAAGCUCGGCAUCAACUAGAGCUCUCGAGGAUAAGACAAGUCGGUAGCCCUGCAUUGCAUUGCAUUGCAUUUGCCCGCUUGCUAUGCUCAAUCGUAUUGGUCUCGCAUAUGCUUAAAACGGGGAUGCAAAUCGGCCGGCGGCGCCUGGACCCUACCCUACGAUACUCGCAAAAUCGGAGGAGACCGCACUCACUCUAGUCACUGCAUGGCAGUGGCAUGGGCAUGGAUUCACGAUAGCGACAGUGGAG